GAAACACUUCAGUCUCGAACCGGCUUCCGAACGGAGCGGAACACACGCACGCUUUAACAGUCUGCUCCUUCCUUCGUUUCUUAUCAAAAAGCCCGUCACACAGCCAUGGAACGCUGGCGUGGAAAGGUGGCCAUUGUGACCGGUGCUAGCUCCGGCAUUGGUGCAAUGACGGUGAAAGCCCUCGCCAACGCCGGUAUGAUCACGUUCGGCCUGGCUCGCCGUGUCGAACGGGUCGACGAGCUGAAGAAGGACCUUUCUGCCGAGGCUGCGGACCGGCUGCACAGUGUCCGGUGUGACGUUACGAAGGAGGAGGACAUUUUGGCCGCCUUCCAGCUGGUGGAGGAAAAGUGUGGCGGUGUCGAUGUGCUGAUCAACAAUGCCGGUCAGUUGAAGCGCGCGGUCAGUGUGCUGGAUGCGGGCAAUACGCAGGUUAUACGGGAUGUGAUCGAAACGAAUGUGGUCGGGUUGGCGCUGUGCAGCCGGGAAGCGUUCCAAUCGAUGAAGCGUCGCUCGGUCGAUGGGCAUAUUGUGCACAUUAACAGCAUCCUUGGCCAUACGGUUGCGACGACUGGCAAGCUUAACGUCUAUCCGGCAUCAAAGUUCGCGGUGACUGCACUGACCGAAACGAUGCGCCACGAGCUGAGACUGGCGGGAACGAAAAUCAAAGUCACGAGCAUCAGCCCGGGACUGGUCAGAACGGAGAUGCCGCCCAGUACGGUCUUUGCCGAGGAGCCCUGCCUCGAGCCGGAGGACAUUGCGGAUGCCGUUCUGUACGUGCUCGGGACACCGCCCCGGGUACAGAUCCACGAGCUGACGAUCAAACCGGUUGGUGAAAAGUAGGGGCAAAAGGGGCAUAUAAAAUUAUACACCCAAAAAUGGCAAUAAAACUCGACAGCGGAAUAAAUGGAA